GGUUGACCUGUUUAAACCAAUUCUCCAAGAGAUUCAUCUUCUUGUGGAUAACCAAGUGAGGACCUCUAAGAAAAGAGUGAAGGCACUAUUCUUGGUUGGGGGAUUUGGACAAAAGUCCGUACCCUCGCGAUGCUCUUCCUCAAAAUAUGGAAGUCAUGGCCCCGAUUGAUGGGUGGACUGCAGUUGUUAGAGGCGCUUUGAUGAAAUUCCUCGGGGAGAUAUCUCCUUUAGCGACCAAAGUCUUAGUUGAGUCACGAGUAGCCAGAAAGCAUUAUGGCUUUAUCUGUCAGACGAAGUAUGAGAGAGAAAUCCAUGACCGAAGGAAAGGGUAUGUGUAACCAAAAGAUUCUACUUUACCUUCAAA